AUGUUGCGCUUGAAAACCGAAUCCUCAUCAUCAUCCUCAUCAUCGGCAUGCAAUCAUUUUGAAUUGACGGAUUUUCCUGAGCUCGAGAAAGUGAGGAGCCUUCAUAAAACAUACACCAAAGAUGCCACUCAAGAGCAGUUAGAUUUAAUGGACGGAGUGUUGGUGUUGUUGGUGAGAGUUUUGGUUCAGGAUGGAGAGAGUAUUGUUGCUGCUUCAUCGACAACAACGGAUCAAAAUAGAGAUGAUGCUACUACAGACGGUAAUAAUACUACUACUAGCUCUUCAGUUACGAAUUCUGCCCUUCGUGUGGCAAAAGCUUUGAAAACAUCAAGAGAUAUUCCUCAAGUGGUAAAACAAGAGAAGAAUACAUUGAAACCAAUGAGCGCUGAGGAGUUUAAUGUGUUGAGAGGGAAAUUAUUGGACGAUUUUGCAAUUUAUAGAUAUUUGAGAGGUCAUGCUUGGGUAUUGGAUGAAAGUACUCGGUUGAUUAUUAAAAUGUUGAAUUGGAGACACGAAUAUAAACCUGAAAAUAUUCGAUUUGAAGAGUUUUUGGAAACAACAGCCAAAUCAAAAAUGUUUAUUGACACUGGUUAUGCCUCUGAUAAUGGAAUGCCACUGUUUUACAUGUGGGUUGCAAGAGACUUACUCGAUAACUCUGACGAGAAUAAGAGUCUAAAAUUCCGUCACUUAAUUUAUUUACACGAAAGAAAUUUCAUUCGUGAAGGCCGUUUCAAAGACGAUAAUUUCCAAAUGAAUUGGGUUGUUGAUGUUUCUGGUAUUUCUUUAAAUUUAGUGAGACGAAUGAAAGACAUUUUUGACGACAUUGGGUUCUAUUAUCCAGAGCGAUUAGGACGAGUGUUUGUAUUGAAUGCACCAUGGACCAUUAACUUGAUUUGGGCCUUCCUUUCACCUUUCUUGUCUGAAGAAUUAAAGGCCAAGUACAUGAUGAUCAAGAUGGAUGAGCUCAAAAACAAGAUUGGCCCAGAUCAUUUGCCAACUGAAUUUGGUGGAAAUUUACAAAUUGAUUGGGAUGCUUAUCAUUCCCAACUCAUGAAGGAAGACAAUGAACGAUUAGGAGAGAAGAAAUAA